AUGUCUCGCCAUCAUCCUGAUCUCGUAAUGUGUCGCAAGCAGUCUGGCACUCAUAUCGGACGCCUCUGCGAUAAGUGCGACGGAAAAUGCCCUGUAUGCGACUCCUACGUGCGACCUACGACCCUAGUUCGGAUCUGUGAUGAAUGCAGCUUUGGCAACUACCAGAACAAGUGUGUUGUUUGUGGUGGCGAGGGUAUCUCCGAUGCUUUCUACUGCUUCGAGUGUACACGACUAGAGAAAGACCGAGAUGGAUGUCCGAAGAUUAUAAAUUUGGGAUCUUCAAGAACCGAUCUGUUCUAUCAAAAGAAGAAUUUUCGGAAUCAAUAA